GGCGCCCUCAGAAAAGACGCACUGGCAUUUUUUUGUGCGUUUGUGCAGUCAAAACUGUUGCUUCUGAGGAAAUAAAUUGAAGUACAGAGCUCGAUUUCCUCGCACGGAAUCAGAUAAACAUAAAGCACUACAGCUUCUGAAGUUGACAGCUUUGAUGUGGCACAGCGGUGCUGAGUCCGGCGGAAGAUGACGGACGAGGUGAUUGUCGUCGCCAAGUUUGACUACGCGGCCCAGCAGGACCAGGAGCUGGACAUCAAGAAGCACGAGAGGCUGUGGCUGCUGGACGACUCCAAGUCCUGGUGGCGCGUCCGCAACGCCACCAACAAGACGGGCUUCGUGCCCUCCAACUACGUGGAGAGGAAGAACAGCGCCCGGAAGGCCUCCAUCGUGAAGAACCUGAAGGACACUCUGGGGAUCGGGAAGGUGAAACGGAAGAACAGCAUGAGGGACCAGGCCCCCAACGCCGAAUCUGACUUCUACCCGGACAACGGCGAGCGCCUGUACGACCUGAACGUGCCGGCGCUGGUCAAGUUCAGCUACGCGGCCGAGCGGGAGGACGAGCUGUCGCUGGUGAAGGGCACGCGCGUGGUCGUCAUGGAGAAGUGCAGCGACGGCUGGUGGCGGGGCAGCUACGACGGCCACUCGGGCUGGUUCCCCUCCAACUACGUGACGGAGGAUGUGGACGGCUCGGCGGGCGACCCCGUGGGCCUGCUGACGGAGAAGCUGGCGGCGGCCGUGCACAGCGCCAACGGCGGCCGGGCUCUGCACACUGUGCAGGCGCUCUACCCGUUCAGCUCGGGCAACGACGAGGAGCUCACCUUCGACAAGGGCGAGGUGAUGGACGUGCUGGAGAAGCCCGAGAACGACCCCGAGUGGUGGAAGUGCCGCAAGGCGGACGGCCAGGUGGGGCUGGUGCCCAAGAACUACGUCACCGUGCUGCAGGACUCCCACAGCGCCCCGGGGGACGCGGGACCGCCCACGCCCGACUGCGACUACAUCGAGCCCUCCGGCAGCGGGAGGUUCGCCGGGCGGACGUGGUACUACGGCAAGGUGACCCGGCACCAGGCCGAGGUGGCCCUCAACCAGAGGGGUGACGAGGGCGACUUCCUGAUCCGGGACAGCGAGUCCUCGCCCAACGACUUCUCCAUCUCCCUGAAGGCGCAAGGCAAGAACAAGCAUUUCAAAGUGCAGCUGAAGGACAGCCUGUACUGCAUCGGACAGCGCAAAUUCAGCUCCAUGGAGGAGCUGGUGGACCAUUACAAAAAGGCCCCCAUCUUCACCAGUGAGCAGGGAGACAAACUGUACCUGAUCAAGCCUUUGGCCUCCUCCUGAUCAUGGCCGAACGGACACCGGAGACUGUGGGACCCAUAAUCUUUUCAAGGGGAGAUAGAAUGACAGUAACAUAACUGUGGACUCCUGAAUAUGAAAAAAAUGAGCAAAGAUAUAGCGUUUGCUUUAUUGAUUUCACGAGUCACGUCCGGCUCACAGAUACUUCAGUUCAUGUCGAUUCCAGCGUCUAUUAGCUACAGUGUACUUCUGUUAAUAUAUAUUCUUUUAAAGCUUCAUUUUUUAUGUGAUUUUUUAAAGUUAUUGGAGGUUGUAGUAAGUGUCUGUUUUGAAGCCAGCUUGGAGAAAUGAAUCAAACAUUUCAAAGGGGUUCUGCAUUCACCCUUUUCUGCAUUACUGCCAUAGUUAUGUAAUGUAUACCGGCUUAUGCCAACACUUAUGCCAUUAUUAUUAUUUUUUUUGGGGGGGGUGGGUGGAGGUGAUGGGGGGAAAAUAAUUCUCAAAACUGUGAAAUCUAAAUGAUUGCAAAUGACCAAAAUAUAUUUAUUGGCAGUGCUGGGGGGUGUAUUAUAUUUUCCGAUGCUGUCUGCAAAUGACGUUACGGUUAUGGAAAGCCGGCUAGGAUUUUUGCGGGAGGUACACAAUUCGGUCAGGAGGAAUAGGUUUGAGCUCAUCAGCACAGAGGUAAUGGGCACACAUUUUGCCCUGACAGCUCUUAACCCAUUUGAGGCUGAGGAGCAGUUUUCUCGGGUGUGGCACCACUGGAAGACUGGAGGCUUUCACCCAAGGUCUCCGAGUGGUUCGGGCAGCAACCAGCACCUUUAGGUGCGACAAUGUCAUCACUUUUGACCGGCGGUGGAGUGGAGAAUCUGCCUCUGUGGAGAAAUAGGGAGGGAAAACGCUGGCUCUACUAUCAGGUCAAGUGCCUGGGGAAGACACUCUUGCCAAGAGCACAGCCCC